CUUUGGUUGAUAUAUCAUAUCCUUAGCAACAGAUUAAAAAUGGUGAGUGUGGAAGAGAUCCGCAACGCUGCGCGUGCGAAUGGGCCAGCAACGGUGUUGGCCAUUGGCACCGCCACACCUUCCAACUGUGUGUACCAAGACACGUACCCUGACUACUAUUUUCGAAUCACCAAUAGCGAGCACAUGACUGAUCUUAAAGAGAAGUUCAAGCGAAUGUGUGAGAAGUCCAUGAUCAGGAAGAGGUACAUGCACCUAACAGAGGAUUUCCUAAAGAAGAAUCCCAGCAUGUGUGAGUACAUGGCGCCAUCGUUGGACGCAAGACAGGACAUAGUGGUGGUUGAAGUUCCAAAGCUCGGAAAAGAAGCGGCCACCAAAGCCAUCAAGGACUGGGGCCAACCCAAAUCCAAGAUCACCCACCUCGUCUUCUGCACCACCUCCGGCGUCGACAUGCCCGGUGCCGACUACCAGCUCACCAAGCUUCUCGGCCUCCGCUCCUCCGUCAAGCGCCUCAUGAUGUACCAGCAGGGCUGCUUCGCAGGAGGGACGGUCCUUCGACUCGCGAAGGAUCUUGCGGAGAACAACAAGAACGCUCGCGUCCUUGUUGUCUGCUCUGAGAUCACUGCCGUCACGUUCCGUGGUCCCUCGGACACGCACCUGGAUUCCAUGGUGGGCCAGGCGUUGUUCGGGGAUGGAGCGGCAGCAGUGAUCGUGGGAGCCGAUCCCGACACCAAAGUGGAACGUCCGUUGUUCGAGAUGGUGUCGGCGGGUCAGACGAUCUUGCCGGACUCCGAAGGUGCCAUCGAUGGUCAUCUGAGAGAGGUUGGACUAACGUUUCACCUGCUGAAGGAUGUUCCGGGGAUCAUAUCAAAGAAUAUUGAGAAGAGUUUGGUGGAGGCUUUUACUCCCAUUGGGAUCAGUGAUUGGAACUCUAUCUUCUGGAUAGCGCACCCAGGUGGACCUGCUAUAUUAGACCAGGUUGAAGCUAAGCUACAACUGAAGGAAGAGAAGCUGAAAGCCACUCGCCACGUGUUGGGAGAGUAUGGAAACAUGUCAAGUGCAUGUGUGCUUUUCAUUUUGGAUGAGAUGAGAAAGAGGUCAAUUGAAGAAGGCAAGGCCACCACCGGAGAAGGCUUCGAUUGGGGGGUCCUAUUCGGGUUCGGACCGGGUCUUACGGUGGAGACGGUGGUGCUUCACAGUCUUCCCUUGGAAAAUCUAUCUUGAUUGAUUUAUCAACAAUAAUGAUGCCAUCAUGGAAUUAUAUUUCUUUGUUUUCAAUAAUUAAUUAAUUAAGUUUUCAAAUAUAUAUAAAUGGAAGCUAAGAUGUUAGAGAUUGGUGUCACAAAUUAAGUAUAGUUGGCGGAGAUGCACGUAUUGUUUUCAUUGUCUCAGUUGAUUGAGAUGGAUCGAGUCAUAAUAUAAUGUUGUUCAUGGCGUGGGGGGAGUUCGUUGCAUUUUCAUGGUUGUGUGACACGUACUCUUCAAUGGGUAUAUCAUUGUAAGAAAGAUUGAACUUGGUUACGUAUU